CGCUGAGCGACUCCAACAUCACUGCACUAUACAAUAAAUGCACUGUUAGUUCACUGCUCUCUCUAAUCUAGAAUUAAGUUUAAAUAUUAGCAAAGAAUAUUCUCUUCAAAUGUUUCUCAUUUCAAUUCAUUCUCAUCGACAAUAUCUUCACAAUCUAUUGCUUCCAAUCGCUGUCCUCUACACGUUUGGCAUCAAUCAUGUGGUCACACAUCCCGCAGCCAAACGACUCUAUGAUGAUUUGCUAUCUGACUAUUAUGGUGGAGUAGAUAUGAUUCAUGUGCCGGCUGAGAAUAUAUGGUUACCAGAUAUAGUUCUGUUCAAUAACGCCGACGGCAACUAUGAGGUGACUCUCAUGACUAAGGCUACUGUAUAUCACACCGGAUUAGUCGUAUGGAACCCACCGGCUCUCUACAAGUCUACCUGUAAAAUAGAUGUCGAGUACUUCCCAUUUGAUGAACAAUCGUGUCUAAUGAAGUUUGGCAGUUGGACUUAUGAUGGACAUGAGGUACUGACACUU